GGAUCCGCGUUCUGGCCGCACACAGUACGCGCCAUUUCCUGUUUUUAAAAGACAGUUUACAUCGACAACAGACAUAGUUACUGGAUAACCUGGCCUGCUUUCAUGCCAGCCAUGAUAGAGAGUGUGCAGGUCCGCCAGCGCGGGGCCUAUGACUUCGAGACCCACUAUGACAACCUGUGUGCCUUGCAGGACUCAUGCCCUCUACCUGCAGUGAAGGCUCAUCUAUCACAGGGGGUGCUAGACUUGAACGGAGACAGGAUAAGGGCCAAUGACUGGAUGCCUGUGCUGAACACUCUCCGGAUCAACAAGAGUCUGGAGUUUGUGGCCAUUCGCAGCUACUAUACCCCACCCUCAGACGAAAAUGAGAAGAAAGCCCUUAUAGAGAAGCGCAAGACACCGUCCGUCCGUUCCAAAGAGAUCACCUAUCGUAUGUGUAAGGCCCUCAAGGAAUGCCUGGGAGUGACCCCUACAUUGACCUGCCUGGAGAUACAGGGGCUGCCACUGAGAGAAAGGGACCUCAACACUCUCAUGAAGGGCCUGGUGAAGAAUGCCACGUUGAACCAUUUUUCAUUAGAGUACUGCAGAAUUGGAGACACUGGCCUGGAAAUUGUGUGUAAGGGCAUCAAGAACUCCACAUCCAUCAACUCUGUGAACUUCACUGGCUGCAGUCUGUCUGCCAAGGGGGCCGAGUCCCUGGCGAAAGUCAUCAAGCACCAGGGUACGAAGCGCCACAAUGAGGCUUGGAGGGAUAGCCUGCGGUACCGCAGACCGGAUCUGGACCGAAUGCAAGGAAUACGCAGAAUCACGAUCAACAAUAAUCCCAUGAUUGGUGACCAAGGGGCAGCACUCUUGGCUGAGGCACUGAAGGAUGACUUGUGGUUGAAGGCCCUGGACAUGCAGGGUAAUGGGAUAUCAUCUGCUGGAGCUAAGUCAAUGCUUGAUGUCCUCAAGUACAACACAACCCUCGUAGUCCUGGAUGUACGACGCAACCCUCUCAUUGAUAGGGACCUGGUACACGCCAUCAUGGAGCAACUGAUGAUCAACUGUAACGGACAGGACACAGAGUAUAAAUGGAUCAAAGCAGAAGACCCAGCAGAUAAAAACAAACAGCUGUCAGCAAAGAAACGACGCACAAAAACUCUCAACAGCAGCUUUGGUCGCAAAACUACAAUCAAGAUCACUCCCGGAGCAGCCAGACGCAGAACCAGGUCAGCAGAGAAUGUGGGCGUGUCCAGAAAAAUGCGACCAAUUGGAUCUGAGACGGUCAAGUCGGGGCCAGGGUUACCAUGGAGAACUGCUGCCAGGGCCAACAGAUACAGGGGCUACCCUCCAGAGCACAUUCCUGGACACACGAGCUUGAUGGAGCGCAGUGAGACCAUCUCCCCGGGCAACUCGUUCAACUACUCCUCAACCAAUCAGACACGAGAUCAGGACAAUGAGGAGGAGGAGGAAACAGAAGACACAGAAGACUCCAUGCAGGAAAAGUUUGACCGGAUCAAACUGGACGACAGCGCACUGACCACUGCAGUGACUGGAAUAACUGAGAAAGGAGCGAGGGUUGAGAUGGUGCAGCUACGAAGACAGAUUCAAGAGGAAAGGCUGGCCAGACAUAAAGCUGAACAAAAUGUUAUAGAGCUGACAUUGGACAACAAGAAGCUUAGAGAGGAGACCAGUAGACUGAAACGUAACAAGGGCAGCAUCCUUGACGAUGACAGUGUGCUGGAGAGCAUAGAGGCAAGCUUCAAACAGUUCCAUGAGUUCCUGGAUCUACUCAGAGAUGCUGGCCUGGGUAAGCUGAUAACCAUGGCAGGCCUGGACUCUGAGGACUCGCCCUUCAACAACACCACUCGAGACCACAUGCCACGCUUCCAGAAAUCAUUCUCAAAGGGAGUCUACUCUGGGGACAUCAGCUCCAACGGCCAUGUUAACGGCUCCUUUACAAACGGUGACAGGACGACGACUGGGAAUGUCCGACCGAAACCGUACCUGAAAUCUCAUGCAGAUGAUCCAACAAUGAAGACAGGAUAUAUUGAUGAUUCCCUGAACGAACACGACGAGGCUCAGAGAAAACGGGACGAGCUUUACGAGCGUAUUCUUCAAGAGACGAGUAACGCUUUCAAGAACAUCGGGGAGCAGGAUCUGACGAUAAACAUCACAGGGGAGACAACUCAAACGAUGGAUGAGACGUACACGGCCGAUGAUACGCAGGACCAAGUGGAAAAGUUUGUGCCCAGUAAAGGAACUCCGCCUGAGAAGGGGGGGAAGUCCAGGAUUCCAAGGUACGGGGCCGUGCAUAGAAAGGGAGGCGACUAUGGCGAGGGAGAGAGGGAGGUGAGGUCAGAACGACUGGAGAAGCUGAAGGGACCAGGAGGGGAGAUAAUCAUGACAUUGUCCCCAUUUGACGGCCCAGUCGAAGGCCAGACCCCAGAUGUGUCGCCGGGACGUCACAAUGACGACGACGAUGAAAUUGAGGAUGAUGUAAAUGAGGCUUAUGACAGCAGAGCUGUCUCCCCUGAUAAGCCGGGGCGUCAGAGUGAGUACAGUUAUGGGAUGGAUAGUUUUGAGCAGUCAUAUUUGAGUGAGAGGGGGGAGCUAGUACACUUAGGGGACGAUUUAGACGAUUACCCAGAAUCUCCCUCUCCCAUACAGCAGGAGAGUGAUAACGAUGACUUUUGAUUGUGUGCAAGGAACUUAAAUGUCUGUACUAAAAUGUUUUAAUUGAUCAAUAAGUCUGGAUUCUAGGAAUUAGUUUUGUGUCAUAAUUUUAACUCAAUUACUUGUGAUAGAAAUCAGUUGAGUUUAUUUAUUAAACAAAUGAUUUUUUUUCUGAAAAUGAGGACUUCAUUGAUUGUACUAAGAAACUAGUAUUUUUUAUUGUUUUAUCCCAGAGGGCAGUUUUUAUGUCUUGGCGAUUUUUAUUUGGUAAUUUUAAUGGCCUUUAAUAUUAUCAAUUAUGUCACCUUUUAAAUCAUCAAUUAUUUUGCCUUUAAAAUCAUCAAUUAUGUUGCCUUUAAAAUCAUCAAGUAUGUUGCCUUAACAAUUACCAGUUGUAUUGCCUUCAAAUAAAUAAUUAUGAAACAAGUAUUAAUUGAAACUUCACAACCGUGCUUUGUGAACUGGUGAAAUCUUGAUCUGUUUUUUUUCUCAGUUUUACAUGCUUUAACAUUUGAUCUAUGCUUAUUUAGAGCUUUAAGCUUUUCUUAGCUUAUUUUUAGCUCAUCUAUUUUUUGAAAAAAAAAAAGAGCUAUUGUCAUCACCUUGGCGUCGGCGUUUGGCGUCUGGUUAAGUUUUGCGUUUAGGUCCACUUUUCUCAGAAAGUAUCAAUGCUAUUGCAUUCAAACUUGGUACAUUUACUUACUAUCAUGAGGGGACUGGGCAGGCAAAGUUAGAUAACUCUGGCGUGCAUUUUGACUGAAUUAUGUGCCCUUUUUAUACUUAGAAAAUUGAAAAUUUUGGUUAAGUUUUGCGUUUAGGUCCACUUUUUUCAGAAAGUAUCAAUGCUAUUGCAUUCAAACUUGGUACACUUACUAACUAUCAUGAGGGGACUGGGCAGGCAAAGUUAGAUAACUCUGGCGUGCAUUUUGACAGAAUUAUGUGCCCUUUUUAUACUUAGAAAAUUGAAAAUUUGGUUAAGUUUUGUGUUUAGGUCCACUUUAUUCCUACAGUAUCAAAGCUAUUGCUUUCAUACUUGCAACACUUAUUAAAUAUCAUAAGGGGACUGUGAAGGCAAAGUUAUGUAACUCUGACUGGCAUUUGGACGGAAUUAUGGGCCCUUUAUACUUAGAAAAUUGAAAAUUUGGUUAAGUUUUGUGUUUUGGUCCACUUUACCCCUAAAGUAUCAUAGAUAUUGCUUCCAUACUUGGAACACUCGCAAACUAUCAUAAGGGUACAGUAAAAGGACAAGUUGCAUAACUCUGGAUGUCAUUUUUACGGAAUUAUGGCCCUUUUUUGACUUAGUAACUUUGAAUAUAUGGUUAAAUUUUGUGUUUCAAUCCACUUUACUUCUUAAGUAUCAAGGCUAUUGCUUUCAAAUUUUAAAUACUUUCAUGCUAUCAUGAGGUUACUGUACCUGGCAAGUUGAAUUUUACCUUGACCUUUGAAUGACCUUGAUUCUCAAGGUCAAAUUAUUAAAUUUUGCUAAAAUUGCCAUAACUUCUUUAUUUAUGAUUAGAUUUGAUUGAUACUUUGACAAAACUACUCUUACCUGACAUACCACAAUAGACUCCACCCAAACCAUCCCCCGUG